AUGGAGAAUGGAAAUGGGGAAACAAGCAACAACAACAACAAUAAUGCAAGGUUAGCUAUAAUGGAAUUAGCUAACAUGAUAAGUGUACCUAUGUCCCUCAAUGCCAUUAUCAAACUCAAGGUAGCUGAUGCUAUUUGGGAAGGUGGAUCUAAUGCUCCGCUCUCUCCCGCUGAAAUUCUCGCUAAAAUCCGUCCUCAGGGUGGCGGGGAUGCUGAGAACCUUCAACGGAUUCUACGCAUGCUCACGAGCUAUCGUGUGUUCGAGGAGCAUGUAGUCGAUGACGGCUCUCAAAGAAGCUAUUCGUUGACUGAGGUGGGAAAAACCCUAGUCACGGACGAGAAUGGCUUAUCUCAUGGCUUGUACGUGCUCCAACACCAUCAGGACGAGUUAAUGAGGGUGUGGACGAUGGUUCAUGAGACCGUUAAUGAUUCAUCGUCUGAUCCAUUUGUGAAAGUAUAUGGUGAACGACCUUAUAGUUACUAUGGAAAAAACCCAGAGAUGAAUAGCCUUAUGUUUAAUGCAAUGUCUGGAGUUUCUAUGCCAUUUAUGAAGGCAAUGUUAGAGAGAUAUGAUGGAUUUGAAGGUGUGAAAACACUUGUUGAUGUUGGUGGAAGUGUUGGAGAUUGCUUGAAGAUGAUUUUAGAAAAACAUUCAAGUAUUGAACUUGGAAUCAACUUUGAUUUGCCUAAGGUGGUUGAAAAAGCCCCACAAAUUCCUCGUAUAAAACACGUUGGUGGUGACAUGCUCGAUUACAUACCAAAGGGCGAUGCUAUUUUCAUGAAGUGGAUACUAGUAAUAUUUACAGAUGAUGAAUGCAAGCAAAUAAUGAAAAGUUGUUACAAUGCACUUCCAGAGAAAGGCAAAUUUAUUAUUUGUGAUCCAGUUUUGCCUCACCAUACUGAUGAUAGCAAGAGAACUAGAGCCCUUCUUGAAAGUGACAUUUAUGUCAUGGCUAUUUAUCGUGCCCAAGGCAAGCACCGCACUGAGGAAGAAUACCGGCAGCUCGGUCGAGCUGCCGGUUUCACUGACUGCAAGGGUGUCUACAUCGAUCAUUUCUUCACGAUUCUUGAAUUUUACAAGUAAUGAAUAUAAUUGUGAGUGGUACGAACGUACGUAGUUACGUUCUAUGUGCUAAUUAUAUGUUUCACAUUAAUAAUAAACAUGUGUGGUGUUGUUGUUGUA